AUGUCACAGUCAUUACGAUCUGCUUACUGCAGUAUGUUAAGGAAUGUAGAUACAAGAGGUGUCCCUGGAAUUCCAUGGCUCAUUAAUGAACAGAAGCUUUUUGAAUGGGCAAAUGAAGUCAGAAUUGAUCCAAAUAAUCCAGAAUAUUCUGAUUUAAUGGAAUUUGUUAUGUACAUGAGCCUUAAGGGGCAGGAUAUUCCAAAGUAUUUCCGUCUUGAACAGUUGCAGGAUGAAUUUAACUUUGUUUCUGAAGAGGAAAUGGAAAAGAGUAAACGUUUCCAGCUAUUGCAACUUAGAAAUGCAGGUCAAUUAGAUAAUUUCCUUCUACAGCAAAUGCCCCUCCAUGAUAUAGAGAUUCCAGAUUUAGUCUUCCAGGUAUUUGGCUUCUAUUUGAAUAUGGCUUAUUGUAUGAUAAAGUUAACAUUUUGCUGCUUUAACCUUAUUUCUUUUUUUUUAAAGCUAAUAAUCUAUAGACAGAUUUCCUCCCUUCUCUUUAGGGAUUAA